GGUUAACUUACGCUCAUCGGCUGUUAGCUGCACACAGGUACGCCUUUGACGUACGCAUGCUUUCUAUUUGCUCCUUGGAGAUUCCCCUUCCUUCCUGGGCUGUUUGAGGAAACAUGCGGCGCCGGAGAACACGAGGCUGAAGCCUGGAGAGGUUACGGAGGCUAAAGUACAACCCAGGAGGAACUUAUCGUCUCGAUGGCUACGAAAAGUUAACACACAGGCUGCUGAAAAACAGGAAUAAUUCCCCUUGAAUCGACUCGAGCCACUCUCACUCUCCUGGCUCCAUGGCAGCAGCGGUGCGAGGCAGCGAGUGGUCAUGUGGACGCUGCACCUUUCUAAACGCUGGCGCCGCACCUCGCUGCUCCAUCUGUGAGGCGCCGCGCCAGAAACCGGACCUCAACCAGAUCCUGCGGCUAAGCAGCAGCGAAGAGCACCGCUGGGCGUGUCCCCGCUGCACCCUCAACAACCCACAGGGUUCUGGAGCCUGCUCUGUCUGCGGCUUCGGGCCUUCUCCCGCCACCCACACGCCCCCCACAACCACCAUUGCUGCCACUGCCAACGGCCUUCCACCUGCUCCUGCUGAACCCCCAACGCCUUCUGUCACCCCUACUGUUCUACUAGAGCAUCCUGCUAAGGAGGAGGUGCUGCGGCGCUCUGAGAGCAACGGGGAGGUGUGCGUACUUGAGGGGCACCACUCUGGGUGGGCCUGCCCUCGCUGUACACUUCAUAAUACCCCCGUGGCGCUGUCAUGCUCGGCCUGUGGAGGACCAAGAAAACUGUCUUUGCCUAAAAUCCCCCCUGAGGCUCUGGUGGUGCCUGAGGUGCGCACACCUGUGCUGGGGUUUCCUGUCCACACAGCAGGGACUGCCCCACUACUCAUAGACCUGACAGAUGACUCUCCUCCAGCCCCUCCCUGUGAUCCCCAAGAGCCCCCCCAUGUCCCCUCACAGGCGCUGUCCUCCCCUUUUACUUCAUUCUCCUCCUCCCUCCAAAACAACCCCGUGCCCCGCAGCAGGAGAGAGGUGCCCCCUCCUGGGCGCCCACCAAACCCUGGCACCAACACGCCUAGUCCCACCUCCCCUUUAGCCAAUGUGCCCCCCCAGCCUGGCCCACAGCGGCCAGCCAAGCCCAAACACGCCCAACCCCAGGAACCCUCGUACCCCAACAAACGCCUCAGUAUCUUAGAAGAAGAGGACUCUCAGCACCAUCCUCUAACGCCCCACCUCCCUGUUGCUUCCUCAGCCACUCCUACCUGGAAGUGCCCUAGCUGUUCGUUGCCCAAUCCUGGCAGUUCAUCUAAAUGUGAGGCCUGCCGAUCAUCACGUGCUGGUGCCGACCUCAUUGACCUUGUUGGCUGUGAGACAGUACGAUUCACCCCGGCCAGCCCCUCCAGCCCGGACUUUAGCACCUGGGCCUGCUCCAAGUGCACGCUGCGCAACCCGACCGGUGCACCCAAGUGCUCUGCCUGUGGUUCCUCCAAACUGCACGGCUUCCAGGAGCAGCAAGCUCCGCUGCCCCGCUGCUGUACACACUGUGGCCUCCCAGCGGGGCCCGGCACUGUAUCCUGCUCCUGCACACCUUCCUCUUCUUCAUCUUCCUCGGGUCAUAAAACGCGGAAACAGGCCCGUGGUUACCCUUCCUCAUCUUCUGCCAUCGCCUCCUCUAGUUCCUCCUCCUCUGCCUCAUCCAGCCUUCAGGAGAAGGUGGCACAGUGGAGCUGCCCGGCAUGCACGCUGAUCAACGACAUUAAGGCCAAGAACUGUGCGGCAUGCCACACGCCGCAGCAGUAUCUCACCAUGCGUAAGGUGGUGAAGCCUCUGAAGAGGAGGGAGAGCAUGCAUGUGGAGGCUCGUAGGAGAAACGACGAGGGCGAGGCCAAGGAGCUCUGGGAAAACAUUGUCAGCUUCUGCAGAGAGAACGCUGUGAACUUUGUGGACGACAGUUUCCCCCCGGGACCUCGCUCCGUCGGCUUCCCAGAGGGCGACAGCGUCCAGCAGAGAAUCAAAAAGUGGCUCCGUCCCCAUGAGAUCAACUGCAGCAACUUCAAAGACCGGGGCGUCAAGUGGUCCGUCUUUCGCACGCCGCGGCCCUCUGACAUCCUACAAGGCCUACUCGGGAACUGCUGGUUUCUGAGUGCGCUGGCAGUGUUGGCGGAGCGUCCAGAGCUGGUAGAGAGGGUGAUGAUCACCAGGACCAUCUGUACAGAGGGGGCUUACCAGGUUCGGUUGUGCAAAGACGGGACGUGGACGACCGUACUGGUUGAUGACAUGCUGCCCUGUGACGACUACGGCUACCUCCUGUUCUCUCAGGCCCAGAGGAAGCAGCUAUGGGUGGCGCUGAUUGAAAAAGCUCUUGCAAAACUCCACGGCUCUUACUUUGCCCUGCAGGCGGGGCGUGCCAUCGAGGGCCUGGCCACUCUGACCGGGGCACCGUGUGACUCCCUGAUGCUGCAGGUCAGCUCCACCAACCCCCGAGAGGAGCCCAUCGACACGGACCUCAUCUGGGCCAAGAUGCUCAGCUCCAAGGAGGCAGGCUUUCUGAUGGGUGCAUCUUGUGGAGGAGGGAACAUGAAGGUGGACGAUGUUGUCUACGAGUCUCUGGGUCUACGGCCUCGACACGCCUAUUCCGUCCUAGAUGUUCGGGAUGUCCAGGGUUACAGGUUGUUGCGGCUGCGCAACCCGUGGGGUCGCUUCUCAUGGAAUGGCAACUGGUCGGACGAGUGGACGGAUUGGCCGCAGCACCUGCGUCACGAGCUGAUGGCUCACGGGAGCAGCGAGGGCGUCUUCUGGAUGGAGUACACCGACUUUAUAAAAUACUUUGACUCUGUGGACAUCUGUAAGAUCCACUCAGACUGGCAGGAAGUGAGGCUGCAAGGCUGCUUCCCCAGCAAGGCGAGCGGGCCGGUCACCGUCACAGCGCUCACCGUGCUCGAGAGGACGGCGUUGGAGUUUGCUCUUUUUCAGGAGGGAAGCAGGCGGUCCGACACGGCCGACAGCCACCUGCUGGACCUCUGUAUCAUGGUGUUCCGAGCCUCCCUAGGUAGCGGCAACAAGCUGACUCUGGGCCGCUUGUUGGCGCACAGCAAGCGAGCGGUGAAGAAGUUUGUCGGCUGCGAUGUGAUGCUGGAGCCAGGGGAGUACGCCGUCGUCUGCUGCGCCUUCAAUCACUGGCAGAUGAAUGUUAGCGCGACAGGAGGUCCACCCACACCCGUCUCAAGCCCCACCAGCGGAGCAGCGCGGCGGCCGAGCCAGGACUUCCCCGGAUACAUCCUCGCCAUCUACAGCUCCAGACAGGUGAUGGUGGAGCAGGUGGAGGCGACCGCCACCACGCUAGCCGACGCCAUCAUCCUCCUGACAGAAAACAAAGGCGAGAGACACGAGGGGCGCGAGGGUAUGACGUGCUAUUACCUGACUCAUGGCUGGGCGGGGCUCAUCGUGGUGGUUGAGAACCGCCACCCUAAAUACUACCUCCACGUCUCCUGUGACUGCACUGACAGCUUCAACGUGGUGUCCACACGGGGAAGCCUCAAGACCAUCGACAGCGUGCCACCUUUGCACAGGCAGGUGCUGGUGGUGCUCUCCCAGCUGGAAGGAAAUGCCGGCUUCUCCAUUACCCACCGCCUGGCUCACCGCAAAGCAGCCCAGGCCUCGCUGGGAGACUGGACCCCCACCAAGGCCACGCACAGCCCCCAGCUCACCCCAGACAUUGACGGCCUGCACCGACCCAGGCCUCUAUGACGAGCGCCCACACACUUACACACACACAGACUAUAGUCCAAUUAAGUGUCAGACCACUGGAAAACAAGGCGAGGGAGGGCAGGCGGUGUGUGCAGCCCUGAGACACGGAGAGAGAUGGAUGAUACACACCUGAAUGUAAAGCAUUAUGGGGCAGAAUUUCUGUGCUUUAAAAUGCUCCAUAAAUGCUAAAGUUUUCAUCCGACCUUGCAAGAUCUCUCCCUUGCCAAGUUGAUGUGCCAUGUCUGGAUGAAAUAAGGGAAGCGGGCUGAAAGCAGGCGGAACAUUUUUCACCCAGGAUCCAGUUCAGACUACUUAAAAUGUUUUGGUACGAGCGCUGUACGUGGGACAGAUGUCAUCCCCUGCUCUCAGAGAAACAGGGUGGAGUGCCGUAACUACUGAGCCAUUUACCCGGCCCACAACCUAUGAGCCAAUCACCUGUAAGGAUCAUACACUUAACCCUAUAUUGUCCACAAAUACAGCUAAUAAAGCAGGAGACUUCAGGGGGAGGUUAUCUUGCUGUACGGUACUUCAAAUGAGCCAACUUCUCCUUCACUCAAAGUCAUACGUUAUUUUUUUAUUUGAGGAUAUACACAUUGGUCUUAUGUGUUUUAUACACAACUUGUUUCCAUCUUGUCCAUAUUUGUGUGGAAGAAGCCAUUAUUUACAUUGUACUGUGUCUCCACACUCUCCAUCACUGCAGUAAUGUCCAGUGCCCCUCCUUUCCUCAGGACCAAACCCAGGGCCCAGUUGUUCAUGAGUAAUCUGAUCACAUUAAAGCUACCAGAUCUUAAAAUCAGGUUGGUCAAAAGAAACAAGAAGUUUAUGAAACCAGAGAGAUAAUCAAUUCUGGAUUACCACAUCCCAGGAUUGGGAUAACUGUGAUCCCAAAACUCAGGUUUACCCUGAUCGGAUUGAGGCAGGAUUACAAGAAAAAAAUGUUGAAAUUUUUUAGACUGGUCAAACAGAAAACAUCUCUACAGGGUUGUUUCUAAUUUAGAUAUUGUUUUUUAAGUUUAACAGCUACUUGCCGAAUCACUAUACUGAUGUAACCCCGACACCUGGGAUUGGCUCAAAAUCCUCAGAACCCUGGAUAGGAUUAGCGGUAAAGAUAAUGGAUGCAUGGACAGACAGACAUAGUAGAUAAAUAAGACUUUAAAGUUAAAAAAAAUAUUGAAUAGCAAGCAUAAAAAAAAUGUGAUCUAAAUCAGAUGUGAGGAUCUUUCCGUUCAUGUGGAUUUUGGCGCGCCCUGUGGACAAAGUUUGUAGCAUGACAAAUCCAUUCAGAGAACCCUGAAUAAAACUUGGAUAGACUACAUGAUCCUGGAAAGAAAACAAGGGAAUUUUUGAAUCUGAAUUAUUCUUAUCCAGAUUAAAUCAUUUAAACAACUGGGCCCGAACUUUCUGAAGUUAACUUGAGUUUGUUUAAUCUUAAAGCUUGUGUUGCCCAGACAGCUGGAGUAGCAUUUCUGCAUCUUGCCAGCCUUGCUGUGGUGUAAAGAGCAGUGUGUCUGUUAUGAAACUGUGGCACAUAGUAAUAGUAUUCCCGCCUGCAUGCUUCGAUUCACUAACAUUCAAUUGUUGCUUUUUUUUUUUUUCAUUCAGAGAAACAACCACUAUGAUAUUAUUUUUUCUGUCUCCAUCUCACUUUAAUUCAUUUUCACUCAGCCUCAGUUUGGGGUCUAAACGCUGGAGGCGAGUCAUUACUUGACCAGGUUUGGCGUUCUCCCCCUCAGGCAUGGCACGCUGGCUUUACUCACACACUUCACUUUAUAUCUUUACUCAUAAAUCCACACUCGGGGAGCAACUUCCCUGCCUCUAGACGUGAUAAAGGGUGAGUUAAUGCUGCAUCUUACACUCCUGUUUUGGUACUUGAAGGUCAGUGAGUAUUUGUGUGUUCCUCACACUUUCGUUAGUUGUCGGUUUACGCCUAAUCGUACUAAGAGGAGCUGUUUGAACAGUCACUUUGCCAUGAGGGAGCUCUUAAGAGGAGCUAUCGAGUUUACUUCAGGAGGUCAGGGACUGUUUUUUGUUUGCUCGGGUGCAGCACGAGCAUCUGGGCUGCCCUCCCACAAGAAUACACUGACGCCACAUUAGCAGCAGCACCGCUAUCCUUGUGUAAUGACAAAUUAGUGUUUUGUCAGACUGAGUGCAGACAUAACAGGAGAAAGAAGGGACCCCUGAGACGUGUUGUGACACUGAGAGGGGUUUGGUUUAGUAGCAGCGCACUUCUUUUGUUUCAAAGGAUGGUUGGCCUACAGCUGUUUUACAAAGGUCCCUUUUGCUUCUUUCUUUCUAAUUCUCCAGUGUAAAAAAAAAAAAGCCAUUAAUCCUAAAUCGUUUAGGAUUUAUCAGUCCACACAUAGAUGUUUUAUCGGAGAGAAGGGAAAAAGUAAUUUGGUACGGAAACAGGAUGAAGGGGGAGACUGUGUCAGGAAAAAGUUGAUGACUAACUCUUAUGUGGUACAAACUUGGAAGCUGACAAGCAAAGUGUCUACAGUAAGUGUUCACACAGCUCACUUUGUAGUUGACAUAUAUGUUAAAUUUUUUUAUGUCAAGAUCAUUCAGAGUUCAAACACUAUGAGAUGAAUCAGUUCAGGUCUACAGGCUGUAUAUAACGAUGGAUGACAUGUCUCGAACUCUUCCUGCUGUUCAAAAAUGAAGCCAAAAUGCUUGUUGCGAUGGGUACUGACAUAUUGUGCUAAUUAUGACGUUGGAGCCAGGAUUAAUGCAGUAGGAAUCAGCUGAUGUAGCCACAAUAUUAAAGUCCCACCCCUUCUGCCUUUCCCCCCAAAAGAACACAAACAUUUAAAGCUCCUGUUGGCAACUUUCAAUUUGUUGAUUGUUGUGCUCUCUAUGGACAAAAUGGUAGACCUUUUCUCUAUGAUUAUUUUGUCCUGUACACGUGUAAGCAGUGUCUACUGAAAAAAUAUCAUUCUGCAGAUUUUUCAAAGUCUAAUUCAUCGCUUAGAGUAAUCAUUUGCCUUUGAAAAUGUAUCCGAAGGCUUGCAGCUCCUGAAGUUCCUGAGACCUACUCAUUGGCAACGAUAACAAGCACUAAUGAAAAUAAUCUUAAAGAAAUAAUCCAUCUGAUUUCUGAUGGCCUUAGCUGUUAGAAGUCAUCCAGAGGCAUCAGUGAUUCAUUUCAGUGUGUUUCAUAACCAGCGAAAAAAUCCUUACUGGAGCUUUAAUUUACUGAUUAAACAGUAGGAUCCCUCAGGUCAGCACAGUCUAUGGCGUAAUGGUUUACUAAGUCGGCCCAAAGCAGACACUGAAGGUUAAAUGAAGGUCAGUGACUUUUAUUUAGGUGUUUGUUACCGAGGAGCAGUAUUUGUCAACAAGCUGUCAUUCAUGGCGUUGCACUCCUUAGCCGUAUCAAAUAACAAAUUACAACUCAACUUCUCAGAAAAUGAAACACUUGUACUUAAAUCAAGAUGAUAAUGUGAUUUUAAAAUUAACAAAUGUCCCAUCUGCAAUCAUGGCGCAAGUGUGGUAUGUGACCUGUACUGCAGCCAGUCAAUAGGAGGAGCUUCAAGUGUUUUGGCUUCACUUUUGAAGCUGUCACGUCAUCCAUCUCCAUAUACAGUCUAACAUAUUCAACAAGUGCUGAAAGAUGCAUCUCACACAUAAUGUCCUUGUUGUUAAACAGCAGCACUGUGUCCCUAAGUUUGCAGUCUUACUUGUUGAAACUACUACAGCAGUGUAAUGUUUCGAGGAUGAAACACAUCACUGAAAAAAACUGUAAAUAUAUUUUCCAAAGAAACACAAAUGUGUUACGACCACUUCCAGAUGUCCUGCGUGAGUGCGUGUGUGAUCAGCCAUGUAGCUGUUAUGAGAACUCGUCUAAUUUAUUUGUAUAAGUGAUUGCAGGCCUAUUUUGUCUGAUGAAUAUUGUCGAAUACUGAAUUGACAGGAAAAGGAAUGUGAUAUUUUGUGGAUUUAGUCUGACAAGAAACAAAACCUGCACUGAAACACCUGCAAUGAUAAGGCACCUCAAAAGCACUUGUCAUUGCUGGAUCACUUUACAUUUACAUGAGAUUUUUUUUUUUUCUUAUACCUUUAUUUUUUUGUCAUAAUUGUCAUUUUGGCUCCUACUGGUGUCCUAGAAACCCUCUUCUGUGAAGUUGUAGUGGUGACUCUUCUGUGCGUCUUGGGCGCCCCCUGCUGUUUGAAGAGGCUGCAGCCAGAUGAUAAAAAGCUGGUCAUGAACUGACCAGCCUGCAUACACACACACACACACACACACACACACACACACACACACACACACACACACACACACACACACACACACACACACACACACACACACACACACACACACAGAGCGCCUUUUCUCUCUCCUUUCCUCCUUUGUCGGGUUUCCUUUCUUCCUUGUAAAUUGUACAGACGGCAAACUUAAGCCACUAAAGACUUUAAAAAAUAGAAAAAAAUGAUCUGACCCUUUUAAAAAUUGUAAAAAGAAAUGAAAGUAUGAUAGCAGAAACAAAAAAAGGAAACCUAAUGCUGAAAAAAUGGAACUCUGAUGAAUGUGAUAUAUAUUUUAUUGAUCUUUUCUUGGGGGGGAUAUGAAUAUAUGUGUACAAAAAUAUGUAUGUUUAAUUUUCAAUCUCAGGUUCCAAUGGACCAAAUAAAUUUUUUUAAAUUAA